AUGACCUCCGUCGGGUCCGGGAGCCACGGCUCCGGUGGGCCAUGCAGUGAUGCUCUGGAUGCUCAGCUUCAGAAGAAGUGCGAGGAGAAGUACAGGGACAUCAAGAAAAUGUGUGUUUUGGCUGUGUCUUACGAGCUGAAGAACAGGGGAGUGAAGCGGGUGGGAAGGACCGAUGAUCACAAAGCCAACGAGGCGCUGAAAGCCAAGCCAGAUUCCAAGACGGCUCCGAGGGCUGUGAAGCAGCCUAAGGCAAAGGCCAAAGGCGGGGCUAAAAAGACCGCCAAGUGA